AAAUAUUAUUAAUUCAAGAUUUUGUAGAAUAAUUGCGAGAAAAUUAUCGCGGUUCACGGUUUAACUUGCCGAGAUGAUGGGAACAAUUUUUUAGAGUCGUAUCGAUGAUCUUUACAUUCUACAAGAGAUGAUAUCAAAUUAAGGUUCAACCCUUCAGUGUAUCUCUAAUCACCGAUUUUGAAAAAGUUCGUGAAAACCAUGACUGAAGAGUAUACCAAUGGUUGGGCCCUGGCAGAAACAAAUGGAGGCAUUCCAUAUUACAUCAACCACGCUACAAAACAAACAGAGUGGAAUCAUCCAACCAUGCGGAGAAUUUUAAGAUCAAUCGAGGAGUGCGAUGCGAUUCGAUAUGCCUCGUAUAGAACUGCUGCUAAAAUGUUAAUUUUACAUCGAGAACUGAACAUGCGUCAUGUUCAUCUGGAAUUAGUAGCCGGUGUAUUCGAAAGACAUGGAUUAUCGGUUACAGAGAACUCAGUAACUUUGGAUGCCAGCGAAAUCGAAGAUGUGCUUUCUGAUAUUUAUUUUGCAGCUCGUAAGGAGGCCUGCAUCGACUUUGACAUAGAUCUAGCUACGAAGCUUGGUGUCAAUUAUAUCCUCAAUGUAUUUGAUGAGAAACGUGAAGGCAACGUUCCUGUAUUCUCUGUCAAAGUUGCACUGAUCGUGAUAAGUAGCAGUCGUCUGCAAGAGAAGUAUGGGUAUUUAUAUCAACAAUUAGCUGAUCAUAAUGCUUGUUUAUCAAGAGCAGCCCUAAAGACUUUACUAACAAAUAUUUGCAAAAUAACUGAAAUGCUUGGAGAAAAUGCAGCAUAUGGUAAUCACAUGAUACAAUCCAGUAUCGACAGCUGCUUCGGAGAGUCCCAAAGUGGUCUUGGAGUUAGCGAAGCAGAAUUUGCCAUGUGGUUAAUGCACGACCCGCCGUUGCUCGUCUGGUUAACGACUUUGAAUCGAAUGAAAGCUGCUGAACAUGUAACACAUGACAUUAAAUGUUCGACAUGCAAAGUAACUCCAGUGCAAGGACCACGUUAUUCGUGUCUAAGGUGUGCAGGCUACCACCAAUGCCAGGCAUGUUUUCUCUUAGGAAAAACAUCUAACAAACACAAAUCAAAACAUCCUGUCAGGGAAUACUGCGUAAAGACUUCCAAUAGAGAGAUAACGAAAUUAAUCAUCGAGUUAAUUAGAAAUAAACUUAGAUUAUGUCCGACAAGAACAGCUGCUGCCGCGGAUUUGGCAGGCCCAGCGCCACAUUCUUCAAGCAACGAAGCGAAAGCAUCGGACACUAUAUCUUUAAGAAGUACAGUAAGAAGGAAAGUGCUUGAUGAUCCACAAAAAGAAUUGCAAAGUAUUAUUAGUCACUUGGAGGAAGAAAACAGGCAACUUCACACGGAACUCCUAGAGAUUUGUGGCACCAGAGCAGAGAGGUUGCAACGUCACAGAGCCACUAUCGAGUCACAGUUGCAACGCCUCAAGAUUCUCAAGAAAUAUUUAUUUGCUCGGAGCACCUCAGCCCCGCGUAUGAUAAGCCGCAUGCAAAGCACGCCGGUACUCCGUCCCAUGGAAGUAGCUCCAUUGCCUCUAGAGUUUGAGCUGAGUCCUAUCGUGCGCCAGGGCUCGAUCACUUAUUCUCGACCGCAGGAAAAUUUUCGGUUCGAUUCGACCCCCGCAGCAAUUGACCCUUCUUCUUCGAAAGAAGACCGAUUCGAGGAUCGUACACACCUCGGUGGUACCUACGGUUCAGGGCUACCUAAUCUCCUGGAGCCUACUGGUAUUGAACUCAGCACUUGGGUCGGAGGGGGUAAUACGACAGGAUUGAAUCAUGGCAACAGUGGCUUCUCUCAGUGGCUGAAAUCUGGCAUGGGAAAGAGCGAAGAGAGCAAGUACGAUGUCAAGAGAGCAUCCCCUCCUCUGGCAGCUUCGUCCUCUCCGUCCGGAGGUCUUCAUCGAGAUAAUACGCCUUCUUCUUUACAACGACCUGACAAGCAUUCGCAGCACAGCAGUCUUCAGAAUAUUCAGGGCGAUCUAAAUGACAUUCUAGACAGGUUGCAGAACAUGGUUGCCAAUGAGUGCCUCCUCGAAGAAUCGUUUAGUGCAGAUGACAACUGCGAGCUUAAACGUGCUGCCACCGAAAUGGAAGAUUUAUUGACCGGACUCAUCGAGGGGAUGGAGUCCCGUAAGAGCAAAUUGACAACCGUUGUAUAAAUUAACCAUGAUUCGUU